AGGAGCCGGGCCGAGUUAGGAGCGGCUGGCGCGGCCAGAGAAGGGCGAGCUCCUCCGGAGAGCGCGGCAGUGGAGGUUUUGGUAUGAAUAGGAUUCGGAUUCACGUCUUGCCAACCAGUCGGGGUAGGAUCACCCCGGUGCCCAGGUCUCAGGAGCCCCUGUCUUGCUCGUUCACUCAUCGUCCGUGCUCUCAGCCUCGUCUGGAAGGGCAGGAAUUUUGCAUUAAGCACAUCCUUGAAGACAAGAAUGCGCCCUUCAAGCAGUGCAGUUACAUCUCGACCAAGAAUGGAAAAAGAUGUCCCAAUGCUGCCCCGAAACCAGAGAAGAAGGAUGGGGUGUCCUUCUGUGUGGAACAUGCCCGCAGAAAUGCCCUGGCGCUUCAUGCUCAGAUGAAGAAGACCAACCCAGGGCCUGUGGGUGAAACACUCCUGUGUCAGCUGAGCUCAUAUGCCAAGUCGGAGCUGGGCUCCCAGACUCCAGAAAGUAGCCGCAGUGAAGCCAGCCGCAUCCUGGAUGAAGACAGCUGGAGUGAUGGGGAGCAGGAACCCAUUACUGUGGAUCAGACAUGGAGAGGUGACCCUGACAGUGAAGCUGAUAGCAUAGACAGUGAUCAAGAAGAUCCCCUAAAACAUGCUGGUGUCUACACAGCCGAAGAAGUGGCCCUGAUUAUGCGCGAGAAGCUGAUUCGUUUGCAGUCUUUGUACAUUGACCAGUUUAAACGACUUCAGCAUCUGCUGAAGGAGAAGAAGCGCCGGUACUUACAUAACCGCAAAGUGGAACAUGAAGCCCUAGGUGGUAGUCUCCUGACUGGCCCAGAGGGACUUUUGGCCAAAGAACGUGAGAAUUUGAAACGAUUAAAAUGUCUGCGGCGGUAUCGCCAGCGCUAUGGAGUUGAAGCGUUACUACACAGGCAGCUGAAGGAACGCAGAAUGCUAGCCACAGACGGGGCCGCUCAACAGGCCCAUACCACUCGUUCUAGUCAGAGGUGUUUAGCCUUUGUGGAUGAUGUUCGCUGUUCCAAUCAGUCUCUUCCUAUGACCAGACACUGCCUUACUCAUAUCUGUCAGGAUACGAAUCAGGUUCUCUUCAAAUGCUGCCAGGGAUCUGAAGAGGUUCCCUGCAACAAGCCGGUUCCUGUAAGCCUCUCUGAGGAUCCCUGCUGCCCACUGCACUUCCAGUUGCCUCCUCAGAUGUAUAAGCCCGAGCAGGUACUGUCUGUGCCAGACGAUCUGGAAGCCGGCCCCACGGAUCUGUACUUGAGUGCUUCUGAGCUUCAGCCCACUGAGAGUUUACCUCUGGAGUUCAGUGAUGACUUGGAUGUUGUGGGUGAUGGUAUGCAGUGCCCUCCGUCACCCCUGCUUUUUGAUCCUUCACUCGCCCUUGAAGAUCAUUCAAUCAAAGAAAUGGCUGGAGGCCCAGCGGAUAUCUUGGGCCAGAUGCAGAUGGCUGGAGAAGGGUGCAGAUCCCAGGGAUCUCGAAAUCCUGAGAAAGCCUCUGCACAGUUGCCUCAGAGUGGCUUGGCCACUGCAAAUGGGAAGCCAGAACCUACGUCCAUCAGUUGACAGUUUGCUUUGAAAACGAUUUGACUUUGGUGGAUUUUAAUUUCCCAUUCUUCAGAAAAAUGUCUCUGAUCAUCUCUCACUGUUUAUGGCAAUCCAGACUACCUUGGUUUUCUUCUGGGUUACUAAGUCCUGCAGUCAGACAUGAAACCAGAUUUGGGGAGAGUGGAAUAGUAUUGUCAGAGUCGUGGGGCUCUUCCUACCCUGGGCAAGGAAGAGCAAGGAGGAAGAGGAUCCCUUGUCAAAGCUGGGAGUGAAUGCAUGUCUGUAAUGGGGUUUCUCAAGUCACAUUCAGGGAUCCACGCAGGUGAGGACUGUUUAUGGAUGGUGCCCUUGAAGUACUGGUGGCCCCAAUGCCUGGCUGUCUCUGAGGCUGAGGGGAUUGUAGCCCUUCCUCUUCCGCUGAAUUGGGCCAUCUGACACCUCCUCCUCCGAGGAAACGGCUCACGGGUCUGGGCUCUCCCUAACUAUCCAUCUGUUCCUAACCUAUGUCAAUUUCUGUGGUUGUUUAUCUUAUGUAAGAUAUAGUAAAACUUUAUUGUAUAUAGUUUCUAUUAAAUGUUACGAAAAUGUAAAACAGUCACCUGACCUGAAUGAAUA